AUGGCGCCGGCUUGGCGAGUGAAAGACAGAGAGGGAGAGCGCGCGCGCGAGAGAGAGAGAGACAGCAAGAAAGGGAGGGGGAGGCCGUUGGGAGUCCAGAAGGAGGGAAGAGAAUACGAAUGGGUUGGUUUUCUGUCACUUUGGUUCAUCUAGCCCCGAAUCCUUCGUGAUGAGAAUCCACAGAGACUUGACCGCUUUGAGAGAAGAGAGCAAAGAUGGUACUUUUGGUGGGAUGUUUGUUGGAUCCUUUUUUUUUUUGUCCUUGGUUAUGGAAUUGGAGUCGUAUUCUUUGAUGUUAGCCCACCACCAACCACCAACCAAUACUACAUACCAAAUGCUGUGAUACGCUGGCAUACCUUAGGUAGGUACUGCGGUAGGUAAGGUAAGGUAUCUUGCCAUUUUCACUUACGCAACCCACGUAACCCACGCAACGCAGGGCGAGACGCGGGUGAUGCCCGGUUCGGGCCUCUUGCUGGGAGGCUUGCGUUCAGCCUACUGCUGGGCGCGUGGGAUCCUCGUAGGUGUGUGUGCGCGUGCCGUUUCAUGCAUGCAUGUACGGACGCGGCGCAAGUGUAGGUUGGCUGGCAAGCUGGUAGGAGGAUUGGGAUGCGUCGCUGAGGAGGCGGAGGAGGAGGGCAUGAGAUGGAACUGUUGGGGCAGAAAUGUACCGGAUACUAUGACAGGCGUACGCAAUGGAAGGAGCAGGAGGGGGGAUGGUGGCAUGUACGGGGACCCGAGCAGCUGGGUAGGAAUGACGAUGAUCCCCCCCUCCCAUUCCCUCUACGGAGUACCUAUCUUAGCAUAGAAACGGGAGAUGAUAAUUAGACUGCGAGAGUGCGAGAACAAAGUAUCAGGAGGUACGUAGAGAGAGGGGGGCAAAGGUGGAAGACUCCGCUGGCGCGUUUACGGAUACUUUCCCACGUUGUUUGAACCCAGGUCGGCCCGCCUUUUCAUCCCACCCCUUGCUUUCCCACGUUAUGUUUCCGACUGUCACUUUUGCUUUCUCUCCCACCGUCCCAUGGUGUGUUCGUACAUCAAACCCCACACCUCCUUGUCCGGUGGCUUGCUGGAGUGGUGCUCGGUUGACGAGCUGACGGCGGACACUGGGCAGGCAGGGAGUCUGAUGUUGAGAGGGCUGUCAUGUUUUGUAUUGAGGAGGUAUUAAUAGAGGUCAGACAGACGUUUGGGAUGGAGGGGGGAUGGGAACGUGGGAACUUUGGGAAGAUGUGUCUGGUUUGACGUAUUGGGUACAAAUUGGGUGGGGUUUGCACGGUGCGGUUGUUGAAUACUUACCUUUGUGGGGUGGAGAAGAGAUUGCUUCGAGUUGUAUGAGAAUGACCUGAGGCAGUCGAUGCAUUUACGACUAACAAAGGAAAAGAGGAUUGUGGUGUCCGUGGUUAACUACCCGAAUAUUGAGUAUCGGGUUCAAGAAGCUCCGUUGUAGGCAAUGUGUACUUGAGAACCCGGUUGGUGGUAAUGAUGCAGCGUCAAUCGCUGAUCUUCGGCCAUGAAGCUAAUUGACCGCCCGCUUGCAUAACAGUUCCGUUCAAUAUCUAGUGGUUCGUAUGUAUGUACUCCG